AUGUCAAUAAACAGAGAUGCUGAUGACAUAGCCCCGCUGAACAUACAAGCUCUGAAUUAUGAAGGAGUGGAAUGCCCGUCUUUGCAGGAAAUAAUAUCUGGGUUGAGACCAGCUACAGUGGAAUCUGUACCAAAUGAGCCUCUGUCACUUGCAGAGCAAAAAUCCCUUUUCAAUUCUUUGCAGGGCAUUAUCAAGGAGGCGGAUUCUACUGCUGCAGAUGAUGCAAUUUCUGAUACAGAAGUACCGCCUUCGUUUCAACAUGUCGAUACACCUUUUGGAGGCGUAAAAAGUAUCUUACACCAGUUGUUAAGCUGCAGAUCGCUGUAUACAGCGCGAGCUGCCGAGGUCUUAGCGAAUGGCAGUAGAAAUCCAUCAUGGCGGCUCCCGUUUGGACAAACCGGGAUUUUGAAUUUUUUCCUUGAACUCGUUGCUUCGAAGGGAAACGUAGACACUACCCUUUUGCUUCAUUCUCUGCGAUUGAUUGGCAACUGCUGCGCAGAUACUGAUGAAAAUAGGAUGGCUGUCGUAAAAGACAACUAUACUGCUGCUAUCCUCCAGCACUUACUGAAUUCUGGUCUCAUCCAAGUGGUUGUACCAGUUAUAUAUAACCUAUGCGUCGAUUUUGAGCCUGCCCAGACUCAAUUAGCUGCAAACAAAAUAGUAUAUAUUCUUCUAAAGUUAAUAAAGGACGAUGCAUUCAAAGCCAAUGACGCUCUGCUCAACUUUGCCUACGAGCUGAUGGAAUUGACUAUGGAGCAAGAACAAGGGAUAGAAGCAUCCCCUGAUGCAACAGUACUGUUCUUAAUAGAGCUGGCAACUAAUGAAGAGUUAACUUCUACAGUCAGCCAGUUUUCUUGUGUUGCUAAUUGCCUUACGAGCGUCUUAGAAACCAAACGCUUCCAGGAUCUGUGUUUGUCAAGGCGCAUGUUAUCCAAUGUGUUGCCGGUGCUCACUCGAGCAGUAAUGCUUGGAACCAAUGCUUCCAACGAGGAUAGUCAAAGGCUAGCCCAAUUACAAUUGAAGAUCAAUCAGACACUGUCAGAGGUGUCCGCGUCACCGAUUUUUGCAGAAAAUUACCCACUUGGCUCUAGUUUAUCACUGGUGCUGAAAUCCUGGUUGGCGACAACCGAUGAUCAGCUUCGGAUAUGUUCAUGUGUCAUGCUCGGUAAUUUGGCGCGCUCAGACGCAGUGUGUGAACGUAUGGUUAAAGAGAUGGGAAUACAUCAAGGUUUAAUAUCUAUUCUCAACAGUAGGGCCAGAGGUACCGUCCUUCAUGCUGCCUUGGGGUUUCUGAAGAAUCUGGCAAUAGCUGGUGAUAAUAAGCUGCAUUUGGGAGCAGCGGGUAUUAUCCCGGCGAUCUCACGCCUAUGGAGCUACGAGACAUUCCCACAAGUCCAGUUUGCGGCAGUUAGCAUUGCACGACAGUUGGUUAUAUCAUCGGAUGAGAAUAUAACCCGUUUGCUGGAAACAUGUUCGGCAGAUCAAGAUGCGUCAUCUCAAGAAUUGACCUAUCUGACACUGCUUGUUUCACUUUUUGAGAAAACAGACUCAAUUCCCAUUAAGAUCGAGAUCGGGCGUCUUGUUGCCUCUAUAUGCCGCACUAUCACACCAAGGGCUCGAGAACAGGACCAGGUAGCGGAGUCUCUUCUUGAACGUCUCUUUACUCUACAUAAGGGUGUCGCACUUCCUAUUGGUGCUAUGAUUACCCAAUCACAGUGGUCCGUUGUCAGGAGUGAAGGCUGGUUUGCUCUAGCCUUGAUGGCAUGGAGUAAGCAAGGAUCCGCUGCCGUUGCAAAAUGUUUUCAGACAAUGAACCUCCUCUCCUUACUUGAAGAAACUCUGGGCAGGCAAAUUACUGAUUUGGACAGCGAGGAGGAGAAUCUGCAAUUGAUUAAGGAUCGAGAUAAUACAGUCAUCCUUGUCCAGGAGUUGCUGAGAAAUGAUGUAGGCCAACUGAAAAUCCCCUACUAUACUUCCACUGUGUGCUAA